AUGGCAGAGAAAGGCUUCAUUGUCGAAUCCGCCGAGACCAAGUCUGGCGACACAGCCACUGCGUCUCAACUGGGCUCACGCAGCGCAGAAACGGACGAUGGCCUUCCGCAUACGUCCACCCACUUCUCCUCUUCCUCGCCAGUAGCCCACCGUCGGCGUCUCGCCGGUAUCAUCUGGGACUCCCUCGAUAAGUCACCCGAGGACCGCCGCCUGAUUGCCAAAAUCGACUGGUUCAUCCUCAGCUACGUCUGCCUCGCCUACUUUGUCAAGUACCUUGACCAGACAAACGUGUCCAAUGCGUACGUCUCGGGCAUGAAGGAGGACCUGGCUAUGUCGGGCAACGAUCUCAACUACCUCACCACCUUCUGGACCAUUGGCUAUAUUAUCGGCCAGGUCCCCUCGCAAAUUAUCAUGGCCAGCUAUGUGUCACCCAGCAUAUGGCUGCCCUCCCUGGAGCUCACCUGGAGUCUGCUCGUGGCGGGCAUGGCCGCCUCCAAAAACGUCACCACCGUGUACGUGCUGCGCUUCUUUAUCGGCUUGCUCGAGGCGUCGGCGUACCCGGGCAUCAUGACCCUGCUCGGAAACUGGUACCUCCCCGAAGAGCAGGGCAAGCGUGCCUGCAUCUACCAGGCCUCGUCGAGCGUCGCCCAGAUGUUCAGUGGCUACCUGCAGGCCGCUCUCUACUCCAACAUGAACGGCGUGCACGGCAUCGCUGCGUGGCGCUGGCUCUUCAUCUUUGACGGCGUCAUUGGCGUGCCCAUUGCCGCCUACGGCUUCUUUGCCAUCCCCAACAGCCCGACCACGACGCGUGCGCGCUGGCUCAAGCCGCACGAGAAGCAGCGUGCCAUUGAGCGCAUGCAGAGCGUCGGCCGUCGUGCGCGCGGCCGCCUGACCGUGCGCACCGUUGUCAACCUGUUCCGCGAGUGGCCCGUCUACUUGUUCACGCUGUCGUUUGUGUGCUACAUCCAGGCCACGCGCGUCUACUCGUACUUUAACGUCUGGCUCAAGGCAACCGGGCGCUACUCGGUCGAAAAGGUCAAUUUGAUCCCCACGGCCGGCUUCGGCAUCCUGGUCUUUUUCACCUUGGUUUUUGCCUGGACCAGCGACGGCCUGCGGACGCGCUGGCCCAUUAUCGUCUGGGGCGCCUCCAUGUCGCUGAUCGGCGCCAUUAUCCUGUCGGUCACCGUGACGAACGACCACAAAGCCGACCCCAACAUCCCCGCGAUUCUGGCCGGCUUCUUUUUGACGUACCUCACCACGGGCACGGCCGGCGUCUACAUGACGUACAUUACCGAGGUCCUGGGGUACAAUUACCUGCACCGCGCAUUGGUCAUUGCGUUGACCGACACGGUGGCCUACGUCUUUGUGGCCUGGCUGCCGCUGGUCAGCUUCAACACGGGCGAGGCGCCCUUCUUCCGUGUUGGCUACAAGCUCACGGCCGUCUUCUUGGCGCUGCAGAUUGUCACGAUCACGCUGGUGCCUGUGGCCCAGCGUUAUUUCCCUGUGGGCAAGUAUGAGCGUAACGACGAGCAAGAAGACCAGAUCACGGCUGCCGAAACUCGAAAAGAGGACGGAGCAGCCGUAGCAUCAACACCACCAGCCCAGAAGCCGAGACCUGUCGCCGAUGGAGCGGUGACUGUUGUAUAG